GCCGGGGGCCGGGCCGGGCCGGGAGGGGCGGUGCUGGCAGGCGGGCCGGGCCAGGCCGGGCCGCGCCGAGCAGAACCGCGCCGAGCCGAGCCGCCGGCAGCAGCGCCGGGCGGGAGGGCAGCCCGCAGCAUGUCGCCGCUCCGCGUCUGCAUCGUCGGUUCGGGGAACUGGGGAUCAGCCAUAGCAAGAAUCAUUGGCAAAAAUGUCCAGAAGUCCAACAGAUUUGAUCCUACUGUCAAGAUGUGGGUAUUUGAAGAGAUCAUCAAUGGAAGGAAACUCUCAGAAAUAAUCAACCAGGAACAUGAAAAUGUUAAAUAUCUGCCUGGAUACAAGAUACCCAAAAAUGUGGUGGCUGUACCAGAUGUGGUGGAAGCAGCAAACGGGGCAGACAUUUUAGUGUUUGUUCUGCCACAUCAAUUUGUUGGACGAAUCUGCGAGCAGAUCGCAAGCCAGAUAAAACCCGGGACAUUUGGGAUUUCCCUGAUCAAGGGGAUCGAUGAGGGUCCUGACGGCCUGAAGCUCAUAUCUGACCUCAUUCGAGAGAAACUGAAUAUAGAAAUCAGUGUGCUUAUGGGGGCCAACAUCGCCAAAGAAGUGGCUGAUGAGAAGUUCUGUGAAACCACCAUUGGGUGCAAAGAUGAAAAACAAGGGGAGAUCUUUAAAGAAUUAAUGCAGACUCCCAAUUUCAGGAUUACCGUGGUGCUUGACUCUGAUACAGUGGAGAUUUGUGGAGCCUUAAAAAACAUUGUAGCAGUGGGAGCUGGGUUCUGCGAUGGACUGGAUUUUGGUGAUAACACAAAGGCAGCAGUUAUACGCUUGGGCCUUAUGGAAAUGGUGGCCUUUGCCAAGAUGUUCUGCAAGGGACCAGUAUCAAUAGCCACUUUUCUGGAAAGCUGUGGCGUCGCUGAUCUAAUCACAACCUGCUAUGGGGGACGCAACAGAAAAGUAGCGGAAGCCUUUGCUCGCACAGGAAAAUCCAUUGAGGAACUGGAAAAUGAGAUGCUGAACGGACAAAAGCUGCAAGGUCCUCAGACCUCAGCCGAAGUCUACAAGAUUCUGAAACAGAAAAAUCUGUUUGAUAAGUUUCCAUUAUUUACAACCAUCUACAAGAUCUGCUAUGAGGGUCAGUCGAUCCAGGAUUUCAUCGCGUGCCUGCAGAACCACCCAGAGCACAUUUAGAGAUCCCCUCUCCUCACCUGGUUGCAUCCUCAUCUUCCCCGGACUUCUGUCUGCUCCAUGGCAAAUAAAGUAGAGAAACAGGUUGUGUGACAAUGCUUGCUGUAAAAGCAACAAAGAAUGUAUUUCAGUAUCCUCAUUGUGAGGGUAAAAAAAAAAAAAAAAGCCUUUAGUUUCAACAUUAUACCCAAGGAACAGGAAACGAAUGUACAAUUUAGGAGUAUUUGAUUUGAGUUAGUAAUGUGAGCGUUUCCCUAAAAUUACUUUCUUGUGGUUUGAAAACAGUUCCCCUUGUAAUUUCCAGAACAAGAGCUCUAUCUAGCUCGCAUGAACCUCAACAUUUUGCCGACUAAUAUUACUUACAAAACAGCACAAGAUGCAGAAAAACUGAAGAACACAUCCAAACAGAAAAAUUAUAGUACAAAUAAAAAAAGGACAGGCAGCAAUAAGAUGCAAUCACCUGGGCAAAUGUUGGGUUUCCGUAAUUCAAACACAAAUAACAUUUUGUAUUUUGUGACAUUUAGUCCUUCCUUGAUUUUGUUUCCCAGUAUAAGCUUCUUUGGAAAACUAGGUGUUGUUACUGUGCUCAGACACACAUGAACGUUCAGCAGAUGUAUAAAUCAAAGAGUUUGAGAGGCGAGGGGAAGGAGAAAGAAGGGGUUUUGGGGGGCUGGGGUUUGAUUCAGAUUCAGGACACUAGGAAUCCUCAGUAGUUGUCUGACCUGUGUUAACUUACCAUAUUCUGUUGAGAUACAGAAAAAAAAAUUUGGAAUAACCACAUACAUUUAUGUCAGCAUCAGGAUUUCUCAGCAAGUCACAGUCAUUAAUUGGCACUAGCUGAGAGGGGGGAACCGGAGGUUGACAAGGAGGGGUGUGCGUGACCCAGCUUGCAGUUUCUGCAAUGCUGUUAUUUUGAGGACGUAACAAGUAACAGUAAAAACCCUCUGUGAUACUUGACUUUUUUUAUAUACACAUGAAAAUGACCGCUAGAGACGCACAGAAAUCUUGUAAAAUUGCAUUUGAAACUGGGUUGCAUUUUAACUCCACCAGGAAACUCCACUGGGCUGACACCAGUGCAGCUCCCCAGCUCUUUCCAGACUGUGGACAAACACCCUGGUCCUGCUGCAGCUUAAACAACGCAUCUUACGCUCUGGAAGAGAGAUCUCUCUCUCCACUUCUGAAUUUUAAACACAAACUGGUUCAUAUACCAGGUUGUUUUUUUUUAUUUUGCUACCAGUGGCAUUGAUUUUAGAAACAGAAAAGUUUUUAAACCUUAUAGCUGUACUUGGGUAACUUUACAUACCUGAUGUUUUUCAGAGUUAAAGCCAUCUAUGAAAUGAACAGGGGCACAUUUUAUAAGCUUUAAUACCCUUUUGAGAGACUCCUAUUUUGAGACAAGGCAAACAAAAAAGAAGAGUAACCUACUUUUGCUUUGCUUUAUCUGAUUUUCCAAAAUAGCAAAGAGGAAGGCAAGUGGUUCUUUUUAAUCUCUAUAUAUUCACUGACCUAUUGCUUAGGCAGGAAAAAACAAAACAAAA